AUGCGCCCCCUGACAGAGAUUGAGACGCAUACCCUAUUCAAGAAACUUGCGAGCUUCGCGGGACCGUCUUUGAAGAAUCUGAUUGCGCCUCUCGAUAAUUCUCCUCAAUCCGACCGCUUCGUCUUUCGGCUGCACCGCGACCGCAUUUACUAUGUACUGCUCUCUCACGCCAAUCUAGCGUCGUCGAUCGCCCGCGAUAAGCUGUUGUCACUUGGGACUUGUCUCGGGAAGUUCACCAAGACAGGCAGAGUACGUCUGCACGUAACAGCUUUACCUUUACUUGCAGAACAUGCACGACACAAAAUAUGGAUUCGUGCAAACGGGGUAAUGCCUCUCCUUUACGGCGGACAUGUGGUGAAGGCACACGUUGGUCGUUGGUCUGAAGGUUGUCUUGAACACCAAGAAGUUGUGUUUUGCAGUAUGGAUGAUAUUCCCCUCGGUUUUGGAGUUACGGCAAGGAGUUCUACACAGGCAAAACAACUAGAUCCUACGGCCGUUGUGUGCUUCCGACAGGCUGAUGCGGGCGAAUAUCUGCGGGAUGAAGAUAAGCUCUUCGCUUCAUAG